AUGUCUUCGCACUCCUCUGCGGAACCAAAGAAUACAACACACAAUAUUAAAAUUAACGGUGCAAGUUUCACCACUGGUGGUGAGAAUGUAGCAAAGUCUUCAUCAAUCUACCCAGAUUUGCCUGCCAAUUACCAACUCCUUAACCUCCUAGGUGAGGGUGCAUUUUCAGUUGUUUACAGAGGUGUGGAUCGUACAACAGGAAAAACCGUUGCAAUUAAAGUAAUCAACAAGACUGAUUUAAAUCAGAAACAAUUAAACAAUAUUAAAAACGAAAUCGCUAUAAUGAAAAGACUGAACCAUAAAAAUGUGUUGAAGUUGAUUGACGCCCACAAUACUGAAGAAAACUGCUUUUUAAUAUUGGAAUAUUGUGAUGGGGGUGAGAUCUUCAAUAAGAUCAUUGAAUACACUUACUUCAGUGAAGAAUUGUCAAGGCAUGUUUUCAAACAAUUGCUUCUGUCAAUUGAAUAUCUUCAUAGUAAAAAUAUUGUCCAUAGAGACAUCAAACCUGAGAAUUUAUUAUUUGAAACUAUCCCAUUCAAACCAAGAGACAAAAUCGUUAAAAGAAGAAGUGAUGACCACACGAAAGUUGACGAAGGUGAAUUUGAAGAAGGUGUAGGUGGUGGAACUGUAGGACUCAUUAAAUUGGCUGAUUUUGGAUUAGCCAAGCAAUUGAAAACUGAACUGAUGCAUAGAAACUUGAAGACGCCAUGUGGUACUGCUGGUUAUACCGCCCCUGAAGUCAUAACAUGCCACGAUGCCAAUCAAGACCCACAAGGUAAGUAUUUCGAUAAGGUGAGUAAGAAGAAUUACUAUUCGAAAUCAGUUGAUAUUUGGUCCCUUGGUUGUUUUUUGUACACUGUAAUGAGUGGUUUCCCUCCAUUUUAUGAUGACAAUCCAGAACAACUCACAUUAAAGAUAUUGAAAGGAGACUACGUAUUUUUAUCUCCUUGGUGGGAUGAAAUAUCCAACGAGGCAAAGGAUUUAAUUAGUAAAAUGUUAGUAAUAAAACCUGAAGAGAGAAUCACUGCUGAAGAGAUUUGGAGACAUCCAUGGAUAAGAAACAAAAAUGUAGGAGAUAGAUCAAACCAUUCUAUAGCUGAGAGACAGCAAGCUGGUAUUUUCCCUGACCAUUACUUUGCCAAUGUUGCAACUUCAAAGCAUUCAAUCGAACAUAUCGAAUUCAAAUCACCAGGUAACUCAGAAACUCCUGAACAUGUUGAGUAUUCUGAAACCUUCCCUCAAGUCCCAGCAUCGGAUAAUGUAGCAUUACUUUCGCCUAGAGCGAACGCCAUUAAAAUGGUUUUUAACAAUCCUGCAAUUUACAGUUCUACAGUCGCAAAUGGAGGGGUAGUUCCCUCUGUUAGCACGGAAUCGAGAACUGAUUCCAAGGGAAGAACUCGUGGACUUAGUAUCAUCAGUGAUGCCAUAUCUUCAUCAAAUGUAAAAUUUACCGAUUCAAACUUUAAGAAGAACUAUCAUUCAUCUUCAGAUGACGAUGAUGAAGCAGGUGCGAGUAGGAAUUUCCCUAGGACUCCUAACCCGAUCAACGUCAGUUUCAAGAAUGUCUUUGCUAACCUUCAAGAGACCGAUGAAAUGACAAGUGAAGAAGAAGGAAAUAAUUUGAAUAAUGGCGAAGAUGAAGAUGAAGAUGAGGUUGAGGAUGACGUUAAAAGCUUGGUGGCUAAGACUAAACUGAUGGUUGUUUCACCAGAAUUUAUUGAUUCAGAUGAUUCCAUUAAUUCAGCUGAAUUUGAAAAGGAUACAAGGUCCAGCUCAAUUAUAUCUGGACUUAAUGGUGAUUAUAAAUUUACCUUGAACUUGAAUGAUAGUAGUUUAUUGGGUAGAAGGAAAAGUUCAAAGAGUAGUACUAAGGGGAGCCCAAAUCCCAAUGAACAAACGACUAUUUCUAUUGCUUGA